CUUUCCUAGAGAGGACAGGAAAGGAAGGGCGGGGGCGGGGUCUUCCGGAGGCGGCGCCCCUCUUGUCUCCUCCGAGUUCCCAGGGCAGAUUACAACAUUAAAACUAUACUUGAAACAGACAGAAGAAAUGGACCCAGAUUCCUCUGAGGCACAGAGGACUCAGGUGGACACCAGAGGGAGGCCACUGGGUGACCGGAGGAUGCCCCCCAGACCUCCUCAUCCAUCUUUUCAUGAGAACGGAGGAGAAGCAGCAGCUGUGGAAACAGAUCUGGGUCCUCUGUGCUUUGAAGAUGUCGCUGUGUAUUUCACAGAGGAGGAGUGGGCGUUGCUGGAUCCUGACCAGAGAGCUCUGCAUAAGGAAGUCAUGGAGGAGAAUCGUAGGAUUGUGGACUCUCUCAGUGGUGAUGGAUUGGAAAUUAUGAACAAGGGGAACCGUGACAACAUUCACACAGUGGGGAAGUUGUAUAAAUAUUUGGAGUGUGGAGAGAGUUAUAGUCUGAGCUCCCAUUCUACUUCCCAUAAAAUAUAUCCUAUUGGGAAAAAUAAUGGGAACUUGGAAGAUAGUAAGACAUUUCGUCAGAAGACAUUUCGCACUUUCCCUAAAAGAAGUCACAGCAGGGAGAAACCCCAUCAGUGUUUGGAAUGUGGGAAGAGGUUCAGUCACAGGGCUGUGCUCAAGGCCCAUCAAAGAAGUCAUACAGGGAGAGAAACCAUAUCAGUGCUUGGAAUGUGGGAAGAGCUUCAGGCGGAAAGCUAAUCUCAUAGCUCAUCAAAGCAUUCAUACAGGGGAGAAACCAUAUCAGUGCUUGGAGUGUGGGAAGAGCUUCAGGGAGAAAGCUAAGCUCACAGCUCAUCAAAG